AUGUCAGCUAGUCACCUCAACGUUGAUCUAAAUAAUGCAUCAUCAAGCCAUGAUUUGAAGGCCACAAAAUAUUGUUCUGCUACUACUAAGAAUGCUCUAACUGAUCCACAACGAGUGCGCACUCCUGCGGUCGCAGAGUACUGGAAACCCUUGGCUGAAGAUAUGGACGAAUCUGCUGGAAUAGAUGAAGAAUAUCACCACAAAAAUAACCGGGUUUAUUGUUGGAAAGGUCUUCGAUUUUCAGCCCGACAAGACUUGGAAGGAUUUUCGAGAUUUACCGAAUAUGGUAUUGAAGGGGUUGUGCCCCUAGAACUUUUGCCACCUGAUGUGCGGUCUAAAUAUCAAGCUAAACCAAGUGACAGGUCUAAGCGUGCUAAAAAGGAAGAAACAAAAAAUGCUGCACAGCAAGCCGAAGAAAAUCAGACUGCUACACCUGCUAGUGAAAUUGAUGGCGAUGGAACAAGAGCUGAUCUUGAAACUGCAGCAGCUCCUGUGGACGCUGAUGCCACAAUAGCAACUGUCAAUACCUACCAGGGUGGAACUCCAACAUCAGAGGAGCAUCAGAAGCUUAGCUCAGACACAGACAUUGGUCAAGAGACAGGCCAAAUAGAAGCAGAUGCAGAUAUCGGUAUGAUAGAUGGAGAGACUGAUGCGGAGGUUGAUUUAGAUGCAGUAGGCUGA